GGGCUCCAGCUCAAAAUAAUCUCCCAGACCCUCCCAGACACACACACACAGUUGCGGUGCCUUUGGGGAACAGAGAAAGGCUGAGCCCCACCAGGAGGAUGAGCUGGCCCAGGUUGGUCCUUCUUGCUUCUAGCUUCCUGGCAGUGGUCCAGAGCCAGAACCAGGAGGAGAAACUAUUAAAUGAUCUGAUGGUCAACUACAACCGCAACUUUCGCCCGGCCAGAGACAAGGGGGACAUUAUCAAUGUUUCGCUCAAGCUAACUCUCACCAAUCUCAUCACACUGAAUGAACGCGAUGAGGCACUCACAACCAACGUCUGGGUGGAGCUGAAAUGGAACGAUUAUCGCCUGCAGUGGGAUCCCGAUGACUAUGACAAUAUCAAGUGUUUACGGAUCCCCUCCACCAUGGUGUGGCUGCCAGAUAUCGUCUUGGAGAACAACAUCGAUGGCGUAUUUGACGUUGCCCUCUAUGCCAAUGUUUUGGUCUCUCCCAGUGGCAGCAUCACGUGGCUUCCUCCAGCCAUCUACCGCAGCGUCUGCUCCAUUAUUGUCACCUACUUCCCCUUCGACUGGCAGAAUUGCUCCCUUGUAUUCCAGUCACGGACCUACAACGCCCAUGAAAUCAAUCUGCUCUUGACAGUGGAAGAAGAGCAGACAAUUGAAUGGAUUUUUAUUGACCCCGAAGAUUUUACAGAGAAUGGAGAAUGGGCAAUUAAACAUCGGCCGGCUAAGAAGAUAGUGAACGACGGAUCCUUCACGCCGGAUGAUACCGGGUACCAGCAGAUUGUCUUUUUUCUCAUCAUCCAGAGGAAGCCCCUCUUCUACAUCAUCAACAUCAUCAUCCCUUGCGUGCUCAUUUCCUCAGUGGCGGUGGUUGUGUACUUCUUGCCUGCCAAAGCGGGUGGCCAGAAGUGCACUGUUUCCAUCAAUGUCCUCCUAGCCCAGACUGUCUUCCUCUUCCUGAUUGCCAAAAAGGUGCCAGAAACAUCCCAGGCAGUGCCACUCAUUGGCAAGUACUUAACCUUUCUACUAGUGGUCACCAUAGCUAUAGUUGUGAAUGCCGUUAUUGUACUGAAUGUUUCUUUGAGGACCCCCAACACCCAUUCCAUGUCCAAGCGAGUCCGGCAGGUAUUCCUGCACCUGGUGCCAGAUUUCCUAGGCAUGCAUACACGACGGCACAACAGCAUGCCCGCUGGAAGGCAAAUGCUCCGUCGGCGGAGCUCACUGGGGCUCAUGGCAAAAGCAGACGAGUACAUGCUGUGGAAGGCACGGAGUGAGCUCCUCUUUGAGAGGCAGAAGGAGCGUGAUGGGCUGAUGAAGCUCCUUCUGGCAAAAAUAGGAGACGGUUUAGAGAAUGGAUGCCCCCAGGACUUUUGCAGCAGCCUCCGCCACGCUGCCCCAGAAAUCCAGGCCUGCGUCGAUGCCUGCAACCACAUCACAAAGACUUUAAAAGAGAAGAAUGACUUUGACAGUGAGAACGAGGAGUGGAUCCUGGUGGGAAGAGUUAUUGACCGCGUCUGCUUCCUCAUCAUGGCCUCCAUCUUUGUUUUUGGAACCGUGGGCGUUUUCCUGAUGGCCCAUUUCAACCAGGCACCUGAAGAACCCUUUCCUGGGGAUCAUAAACGAUACCUGCCCUAAGGAUCUAGCCAUGGUGGGAGCAAUCCGUUUCCAGUUUUAUCCCAGUUUGACCUCUGAAGUGAUUUUCUUGGACAAGGUGGAUCUCUGUACUGAGGCAGCACCAUCCUGCGGAUUCAUCUUCUUCAUGCUGGUGGCUACUGAUGUGAUCUCCUAGGCUCUUUUCUUUGCUUUAUUGUGUGGUUCCCUGUCUGCACAAUCCCUGGCCAUUCAAGAAAUAGCUGAAACCAAGCCAAGAGACAGAAGGCCAUCACCCUUUGAGGCUGUUGGCAAAUCUGGGAACUUUGAAACCCUCCUUUAGGACUCUUCCUCUACUGUGCUCCAGUGUGCCUUUCUUCCAUCUGAUGCCAGGGCAGAUCUUGGGAAACAGAGCAUAAAUGUCACCUGUGAACACA